AAUACUGGUGCAUUUGUUUGUAUAGAUGGAAAUUUUAAGUGAAAGGCAAAAGGAGGAUAGAGAGAAUUUCCGCGAGCAGAUGGACAAUGACCUUCGAGCCCACAGAGAACAGAUGGACAACAUGAAGGAGGCAAACAUGCAACAAGCACAGAAAGAAAGAGAGCAGUUUAUGCAAGAAAACCAAGAACUCAGAAACCAGUUCCUGGACAUGCAGAAAAUGAACGAGGAAAACAUCAAGAUGAUAAAAAAGCUGUCUGACUUGGUUGAAAGGCAACAGGAAGAGAAGAAAAGACUUGAAGAGGAGACGCAAAGAACUCAAGCUACCAUGGAGAAUAAGGAGAUGCUUGAACAGAUGGAAGCAAAGCACAAAGAGGAGAAGGAAAGGCUGCGUCGUGACAUGGAGGCAAAGAUUGAGAAACAACGCCAAGCUUUGACAAAAGAAUUUAAAGAGGCUGCGAAUUCUAGAAUACAAAGGAUGGACGAAAUGAAACAAAAGCUAGAAGAAGUUGAAGAGGAGCUAAAGGAACUCAAGAAACCAGGUUUUAUGGAAAGGGUUAAAGAUUUUGCGGUUGCUGGAGUUCGAAAAGUGAGAGAAAACUGCUCAAUAAUGUAAGGAACCUCAGCACCACCCGCAAAGACUAAAAGAAAAGAAUAAUAACCGCGAAUAGCCGCAAGACUUUCAAGAUAUAUUCAUUGUAGUUGACGUCUUUUAAAAUAUAUCACCUUGACGAAUAAGUUGCAGAUUUUUGAUGGUUUUUUUGUUAUUGCAAUAAAAAUAAUCCGUGGUGACGAAAAAAAAAAAAUAAAGGCUAGACUCGAUUGCACAAGACUUCACGUAGCAGUUAAUAAAGGUAGAUGUAGCUUCAAUUAUGAUUUUGAAGAAGAGAUUUACGCUGAUCAGAAUGUCUCACCGCAAAUUAACGUUAAUACCUGGAUUGUCUUUGCAAUUUGGAUUUACUAAACUUCCUCUUCCGCUCGAUCUCAUUCCCACCGCGUAUUUCCAAAUAUAUCAAAGAAAAGGGUCUGAUGUGGAAACUAUAUGUAAACAAAGCGUAGCUGACUGAAAAUACAAGACGCAUGUGGUUAUCACUGUCCAGGAAGCGUUCAUGCGGAUUUGUUUCAGCGGAUUUGUUUCAGUCGAGCAGCUAGAAGAGUAAUUAGCGUGUUGACUUUUAUAACAGAUUCAUAGGCAAUAGAGCAAUAAAUGAGAUAUCGAUAUCCUA